GUGACUCUGCUGGGUACAGGUUCAGAUUCAUAACAUCUGGAGGAAAGUUUUCUGGCUCACGUGUCUCCCUGACUGUCACAGAUGUUGUGUUGGAGAUGGAUCCUACAUAUGUGUCAGAGAGGGAGAGAGUCACACUGACAUGUAGAACCAAAUGUACACUGGACCCCAUCACAGCCUACAGUUGGUAUAAAAAUGGACAGCCUUUACCAAACAGCAACACCUCCUCUCCUGUCUAUAGCCUUUUCUCAGUCAGCAGCGAGUAUACAGGCAGAUACUCCUGUGCUGUAGAAGGCCGUGAGGAUCUACCCUCUGCUGAAGAGACGCUCACUGUCACAUAUGGUCCAAGGAACACCUCAGUGUCAGUCAGUCCCUCUGGUGAAAUAGUGGAGGGCAGUUCAGUGACUCUGACCUGCAGCAGUGAUGCCAACCCACCUGUGGACAAAUACACCUGGUACAAGAAGAACGUAACCUUACCAAAAGCAUCAGGACAGAGUUACAGCAUCACUAACAUCAUCUCUGAGGACAGAGGAGAAUACUACUGUGAGGCCCAGAAUGGAAGAGGAUCUAUGAACUCUACAGCUCUGAUGAUCAUUGUAGCAGGGAAACAGACCUCAGUUCUGACUGCAGCUGUAGGAAUCAUAGUGGUUGUUCUGGUUCUCAUCCUCUGUCUCUCUGGACUCAUGUGGUUCAGGAGAUUCACAGGCGGAAGUGAUGCUACAACAGACACACAGCGUGUCCGUCCUGACUGUAACAGUGACACGUACACAGGUCUGAACAUGAGGACCAUGUCCCCUGACUACGACACUCUGGCAAAUGUCCAGCCUGACCCUAACAGUGACCCCAACAGUGACAUGUACACACCUCUGAACAUGAAGACCAGGUCACCAGAGUAUGACACCCUGGCAAAUGUGAGGGGACCCUCCCACUGAAGAGAACCACCACCGAAUCUGUACUGAAGAGAAUCACCACAGAAGCUGGACUGAAGAGAAUCACCACAGAAGCUGGACUGAAGAGAAUCACCACAGAAGCUGGACUGAAGAGAAUCACCACAGAAGCUGGACUGAAGAGAAUCACCACAGAAGCUGGACUGAAGAGAACCACCACAGAAGCUGGACUGAAGAGCUACAGUUCCAAUCCAAAAAUAGGCCUCACACCUCUAUUCUCUUGCUAUUAUAUCUAGAUGGUUUUCCAGACCAAGAACUUUAACUUUUGAGUAAAUGCUGGAAUAGAUUUUUUUAUUUUCUUAUUAUGAUACUUAUUUCGAUGAUAAAUGGGAUGGGUUAUGCUUCUGCUUUUUUUCAAGGGGAUUUUUCCAUUUCCACAUUUUUUCUUGUGUACUAAUCUGUUUACUAUCUAUAGUUUAAGAUUACAUUUCUGAUAUUUUCCUAUGGGAUUUUGCCAUUUAGGGAUUUAUAACAUCAAUAGUACUACUUUCCUCAGCAACUAAUAUGGAUAAUAAGACCUUUUUAAUAUUUUUAGCUUUUGGGCCAAGUUUCUCCUGAUGUGUUUAUUGAUGAUUUACUUUGUAUUGCUGUCAGACAUGAUUCUCCAUUUUAUGUUUUAUAUUUUAUAAUACUAUAUUCGUUUUUUUUAUAUAAAAAAAAUGGAAUCAGUACAUUACAUACAUUUAAACAUUUGCAGUUUUUUACAUUUUCUAUUAAUUAUAAUUGUAUUUUACAUAAUGCUAUAUUGUUCAGUGUCAUGAUAUCACUUGUUUUGUCAUCACAUUUUUAAUUAUUACGUAUUUUAUAUACGUUAAAUACAUGUUUACCUUUGCAGUUUUUACAGUGUGUUUUAGUGUCAAUACAGUAUAACCAUCAUGUUGUAAAUAAGAUCAACAUUUAAGACAAUAAAUACACAGAUUAUUUAA